CGUGUAGCAAGCAAUAAUUGAAGAAAAGUAUGGCAGGACAGAGCUUGAGAAAUCUCAAAAUUGUGGUGUUCAUCUUCCUAGCCCUUACUUCUGGAUGGAUGGUGGUGCAGACGGAGGGGCGGACAUGCUAUAAACACAGCGAUGCGUUUAUAGGACCGUGCAUUGCAGAAACGUGUGCUGAACUUUGCAUUUCUUUUGAGAAGUGGGAUGACGGAUUUUGCUUGGGUGAUAAAUGCACUUGUGCGAAGCAAUGUGCUUAGUCCAUGCUUUAAUGGGUUUGUAAUUCACCACAGUUGUUGCUAUCUGUAUGUAAUAAGCAGACUCCAAUUCUACUUAAUUGCACAACAUGUUUA